AUGGAAGCAGCUGGAGCGUUAGAUGAGCUCACAAUGCGCUGGCAGAAUCGUAUGGAUCGCGCCGGCAACGGUGCGUACCAGGAUGUUCAGUACUUCUGGGUUAGCAACGCAUUUGACAGCCUGGUCUUGAACGAUAACCUUGGACAGGGCACACCUUGGUCCUUCGUCAAGGUUCUCUUCUUCAUGAAUCGAUAUUUCACUUUCGUUCUAGUGAUCUUUUCGGUAUUCUGUCUUAUGUGGGCCAAGUUUGACGUAUUUGCCUCUCUCUUUGGUGCAUUCAUGGUCGAAGUAAUCAUGCAAAUCCGACUACAUGCCAUGUAUGGACAAGACAAGAGGCUGAUCUUCGUCGUAUCCAUGUUUUGUAUCGGAGAGCUGGGGAGCAUGGUUUCUCUCUCGAUCACACAUUUCCCUGCUGCUUAUUCGGGAAUGGCCCUUGUUGCCGGAACAUCCACCACCCUUCCUUUCUGCAAUAACAUUGUUCCCUACAACUUCUACCCAUAUUGGAUUGCAUUCAUGAUUUUCGACUCGAUUGUUUUUGUACUUGCGGCCAGAAAGGCGUAUGUUCAUUUCAACUCUAUUCCAGAAAGCUCUUGGGCAGGCCAUUCGCUGUUGCGCAUCCUCAUCCGGGAUUCUGUUUUCUAUUUUCUGUGCAACAUCGUUGUGUUUUUGGGUACCACUCUCCUUUGGAGAUUCGCGUCUCCUGGAGUGGCAACAAUUGCCAACAGCUGGUCGCUCGUUGUACCCUCAACGUCCGCUGGUCGUCUUAUGCUCAACAUGAGAGCAGCCGCCCGCCCAAAGUGUGAUCAGAUUUCCACUUCGGGUCUUUCUGCUCUUGGAUCCCUGCACAUCGGAGGCAUCAAUGCCAAAUCACAAGCCACGACGGACAGCAUUCGGGAAGACUCGGAAAGUAUGGCGUUCGAAGCGCACGAGAGCGAGGAUUACGAGUAGACAAAUAUACACAUAAACAGUACAUACAUAUACCGGUUAUUUGGAGAACAAAUCAAACAACUGGAGAGAAACGAGCGAGUCCAAAAUCCAACUCCA